AUGGAUAUUCUCAAGGUCCUGUCGCGCGGGACGAAAAGAUCCGGCUCGAAAAGCGGACAGUUCGGCGGCAAGGUGCCGGUUUCACUGCCUUCGGCCGGCACCAAGACGAACCCCCAGCUCUUUCAUGAUGAAGUGCGAGGCCAGAAAAGGAAGCGAUUUUCCGAAGAGUCUCGACCAGAGACGAAUGCGGAUGCGGAUGCGGAACUCCCCAUGGUCGACUUCUUCGCGCCCAAGAGCGAGUCUGCUGCGGGGAACAAAACUUCGACGCGCGAGACGGAGCGUGGCAUGAGCCCGGCACCGUCGCCGGCACCGGCCAAGAAGAUGAGCGAGGACGAGUGUCGUCAGCUUCUGCGGUCGCAUCGUCUCAAGAUUACGCUCCUGUCCAAGGCCGAGCGGCAGAAGAAGGUCAAGAAGGCGAAGAAGAAGAAGGCAGCGGUCGAGGCGAAGGAGAAGAAGGAGCAGCUGUUCCCGCAACCGCUCGAGUCGUUCGUCGAGCUUUGCGACACCUUUGGCGUUUCCCGCCGCGUGUCGGAGAAUCUCCUCCAGCAAGGCUACCGGGUCCCUACCGAAGUGCAACUGGGAAGCUUGCCGCUGCUUCUGCGGCCGGACAUGGCCCUCCCAGGCGAGGAGGCUUUCGAAAGUGGCGUCGAUUUCCUCGCCGUCGCGCCGACAGGAAGCGGCAAGACAAUCAGCUUUUUAAUACCUGCCGUCAACGACAUCAUGCGACGCAGAGCCGAGGGCGCCGUUCGAGGAGUGCACGAGCUUGAAGCCGUCAUCGUCGCGCCGACGCGAGAGCUCGCCUAUCAGAUCGCCAACGAAGGACGCAAGCUCGUGCAAGGAACUGGCAUCAGGGUUGUCGGCAUGCGGAAGGGCAUGCGACUUGCCGCUGCUGCGCAGUAUGCGACGUCCGAAGCCGAGGCCAGCCCCAAGGAUGAGGUGGAUGACGAGGACGCAGCAGACGAAAAGUAUGGCGCAGACGAAGACGGAAACGGAAACGGAAACGGAAACGGAGACAAAGAUGAGGACGAGGACGAGGACGAGGACGAGGACGAGGACGAGGACGAGGACGAGGAAGAGGAAGAGGAAGAGGAAGAGGAAGAGGAAGAGGGAGAGGAGGUGGAUGCAAAGGCGCAGAAAGGUGGCAAGGGUGCUGCAAAGAAGCAGAAAACGCUGACAAAGGCCGAUAUUCUGGUUACGACGCCUCUCCUGCUGCUCAACCUCCUCUCGCCAGGACCGAGCGGCACAGCCCAGGUUCUGCCCUCGGUUCGCCGCCUGAUCCUGGACGAGGCCGACGUCCUUCUCGACCCGCUCUUCCGCGAGCAGACGAUGGGCAUCUGGACGGCGUGCACCAACGCCGACAUGACCGUCUCCUGCUGGUCGGCCACGAUGGGCUCCAACAUCGAGUCCAUCGUCGGCGAGGCGAUCCAGUCUCGGGCAGCGACUCUCGCGACGACGCCCAAGCCCUUGGUGAGGCUCGUCGUCGGCUUAAAGGACACGGCGGUGCCGAACGUGGUGCACAAGCUUACCUACACGGCGAGCGAGCAAGGCAAGCUGCUGGCGCUGCGACAGCUGCUUCACCCGACGGCGAGCGACGACGGCGGCCCGCCGCUUCGGCCGCCCUUCCUCGUCUUCACCCAAACCAUCGAGCGGGCCAUGGCACUGCACGAGGAGCUCAAGUACGACAUCCCGCUCGAGGCCGGAGGCUCGGCGCGGAUAGCCGCCCUGCACAGCAGCCUCCCGGACCCGGUCCGCGCCGCCAUCAUGCGCAGGUUCCGAGCCGGCGAGAUCUGGAUCCUCAUCACCACGGACGUGCUCGCGCGCGGCGUCGACUUUGCCGGCGUCAACGGCGUCGUCAACUACGACGUUCCCGGCUCGAGCGCCGUCUACGUGCACCGCGUCGGACGGACGGGUCGAGCCGGUCGCGAGGGUGGCGUCGCCGUCACCUUCUACACCAAGGAAGACAUCCCCUUCGUCAAGACGGUGGCCAACGUCAUCGCCGUCAGCGAGAAGCAGGCGGGCAAGUGCGGCGACGACGCCGGCGUCCAGAAGUGGCUGCUCGACGCCUUGCCCAAGGUGAGCAAGAACGACAGGAAGACGCUGAAGGAGAAGGGGAUCGAGGCUCGGCGGAGCGGGGCCGGGAGCAAGAUCACAUCCCAGAGCGGCUACGAGCGGCGCAAGGAGAACAACAGACGGGCCGCCAUCGAGGGACACAAGAAGAGGCGACCGACGGAGCAUGACGACGACGACGAGGAGUGGGCUGGGCUGGGGGAGUGA